CUUCACGUUCCCACAAUGCAGUGCGGCUGAGCAACUCCGAGCCCGCGGGGACGCUGCGGGGGUACCCCGGCUGAGGCGGCGGCGGCGGCGGCGACGUGGGCUGCGGCAGGCCCGCGGCGUCGGGCGGUGCGGAUGUCGGGCUGGGCGGACGAGCGCGGCGGCGAGGGCGACGGGCGCAUCUACGUGGGGAACCUUCCGACCGACGUGCGCGAGAAGGACUUGGAGGACCUGUUCUACAAGUACGGCCGCAUCCGCGAGAUCGAGCUCAAGAACCGGCACGGCCUCGUGCCCUUCGCCUUCGUGCGCUUCGAGGACCCCCGAGAUGCCGAGGAUGCAAUUUACGGAAGGAAUGGUUAUGAUUAUGGCCAGUGUCGACUUCGUGUGGAGUUUCCCAGGACUUACGGAGGUCGGGGUGGGUGGCCCCGCGGUGGGAGGAAUGGGCCUCCUACAAGAAGAUCUGAUUUCCGAGUUCUUGUUUCAGGACUACCCCCAUCAGGCAGCUGGCAGGACCUGAAGGAUCACAUGCGAGAAGCUGGGGAUGUCUGUUACGCAGAUGUGCAGAAGGAUGGAAUGGGAAUGGUUGAGUAUCUCAGAAAAGAAGACAUGGAAUAUGCCCUUCGUAAACUGGAUGACACCAAAUUCCGCUCCCAUGAGGGUGAAACUUCCUACAUCCGGGUUUAUCCAGAGAGAAGCACCAGCUAUGGCUACUCACGGUCUCGGUCUGGGUCAAGAGGCCGUGACUCACCAUACCAAAGCAGGGGUUCCCCACACUACUUCUCUCCUUUUAGGCCCUACUGAGACAGGUGACGGAAAUUUUUUCUUUAUUUUUUAGAUGAACUGAGCUGCUUUGUGCUCAGAAUCUACAUUCCAGAUUGAUAAUUUAGUGUCUUAGGAAAUUUUUUUAAUUUUUUUUUUUAAGGAACUAAAACUACAUAAUUUCUACGAGGGCCAUAUAAGCAGUGAAACAUUUUAACUGCAGAAAUUGUGGUUUUUGUUCAGAAAUAAGUUGUAUAUUUUUCACCCCUGAUUAUGGGGAAAAAAUCAGUGCUGUGUCUUUGUGGGUUACUCUCCUCUGGAGAUCAGCAGUUACUGUGACUGAGUUGGCCCAUUCUGUUUAGAAAUAUAUUUUAAAUGUUUAGUAAUUGACGUGUGGUUGUCCUUGAUUAAAUUAGUUCAUAGAUUUCACCAACCAGGCACACUGAUUAAAAAAAAAAAAAUCACUGAGUUGUAAUGGCAGCUUGUACCUGCCUGGUAAGGAGUAGGAGGGGUAACUUUAUUUGGGGAUAAAGAUAAUUACUCUGAUGGUGGUUCAGGAUUCUCUUAUAAUUCAAGGCCAGGCUUAUAACUGAAGUGCCUUAAAGAAAAAGGGAGCACUGCAGAUAGGGCAAGGGAAGGGGAAGAAUAAAAACAGACUUUUAAAAAUGGGCGGCAACAUAAAGAUCACUGGGAAAUUCUUAGCCAAAACCAACUUUGGCAGUUUAGUCAGGAAAAAAAAAUCUCUUGGUUCUCACUCUUACCCCUUCAUCUGUCUCAUUUAUCCUUGGUAUCUGAGCUUUUUUUUACAAAAAAAAAAAAAACCUACUAUAUCUUGGAUUCCACAGUUUGAUAAUUACUGGUGGGGGGCUUCUUUGUCCCAGGCCCAGGCUGUUUUGUUUUUCUUUUUAAGUCAUUUUGUUAAGUAUGCCUGACAUAAAAAGUCAUUUAUUUUAUGUAUACAACCCAGUGAGUUUGGGGUUAAGUGUAUACUCUUGAAACCAUCACUACCAUCAAGGCCACAAACAUAUCCAUCACUUCUCAAAAUUCCCUCUUUUAAUAUUUAUAUGUGGUAAGAACAUUUAAGAUCUACCCUCUUGGCAAAUUUUUAGUAUACAAUACAGUAUUGUUAGCUGUCUUAGGGUUAUUUUUACAGUUCUUUUCAGAAAAGCUAUAGGUGUGGCUACAGUAUCCCUUUUGCAUAUAUUCACUUUGUGGCAUGGUGGAUGGUUCUAGGUUAGAAGUUCCCAAGCUGUAAAGUCUACUUUCAAUACCCUUCAGAUUUUAGGAAAAAGUUAGCCCUCUGCCUGGAACAAAGUGGGUACCCAGGAAUAACUCUGAGUGUGUUUAGUAAAGACAAAAGGCUGCUUGAGUUGCCAGAAAGAGCAACUAAAAAGGACAACCUGGGCUGUGAAUAUACUGAUUAGACACAAUGUCUAAUAGUUACAAAAAAAAAAAAUACACUUAAGUGCAGUUUUAGACAGUCAUUUUGGGAGAUAAGGGGGAAUAGUGUCUUAUAGACUGAAUUGUCUAUGAGUAAAUACUUGAUCUAUUUCCUUGGAAACUGACAAUACCUUUUACUUCCAUUACCAUCAGGAACUCAUUGCCUUGCUUUGGCUGGAUCUUUCCCAGUUCUGUCUUCAGUAGAGUUAGU